CGGACUCCAUUUCCCAGCAGGCAACGCGGGCCCAGCAGGCGGCGCGGCGAGAAAAUGGCGGUCGAUAAGGACUUGAUGGAGUUGGAUCUGUACGGGCUGCUGGGGGUCGGCGAGAAGGCGUCGGAGAAGGAGGUUAAGAAAGCAUACCGCCAGAAGGCCCUGACUUGUCACCCAGAUAAGAACCCAGAUAAUCCCCGAGCAGCGGAAGUUUUCCACCAGCUGUCUCAGGCCUUAGCUGUUCUGACAGAUGCAGCAGCAAGGGCGGCAUAUGACAAAGUGAGAAAAGCCAAAAAGCAAGCGGCAGAAAGGACACAAAAGCUUGAUGAGAAGCGAAAGAAAGUAAAGCUUGAUCUUGAAGCCAGGGAACGAGAAGCCCAGACCCGUGAUAGUGAAGAGGAGGAGAUCCGGAUAACGAGGACCUUAGAACAAGAAAUAAUACGGUUGCGUGAAGAAGGCUCUCGUCAGCUUGAAGAGCAGCAGAGACUCAUUCGAGAGCAGAUCCAGCUUGAAAGACAGCAGCGCAUCCAAGGUGAGAUAGGCAACCAAGUAGGAAAUGGAGCAGAAGGCCAAAUAACUCCCAAACUCAAACUAAAAUGGAAAUGCAGGAAAGAAGAUGAGACAGGAGGGGGAUACUCAAAAGAAGUUCUGCUGCGGAUUCUGCAGAAGUACGGUGAUGUGAUGAAUCUAUUGAUCUCCAGUAGGAAGGCUGGGAGUGCAGUGGUGGAAUUUGCUACUGUUAAAGCUGCUGAAAUGGCUUUGAAGAAUGAAGUUGGCCUGACAGAUAAUCCUCUAAAAAUUUCUUGGCUGGAAGGCCAGCCCCGAAACAAUCCCAGCCAUGUCCUUUCUGACAGCGGUGGUCAGCAUAGGACUUCACAGGCAUCUGUGGUCUCCGAGCGGGAUUACGAGAGCUUGGUGAUGAUGCGGAUGCGCCAAGCAGCAGAGAGGCAGAAGUUGAUUGCUCAGCUCAAGCAGGAAGAUGAGGAAGAGUCUCACACCUAGAAUGAAAGUAUGGAUUCUCCCCACCCCAUCGUUGUUCAUUUCUAAAGCUGUUUCUUAAAUUAAGGCAAUAAAACUCCUUUUUAAAGUAAAAACAGUUGUUGGUGCCUGCAGCACUUUGCAGAGAACAGGAAAAGAUGGCUGUAUAAGUUUCCAUUUUAGCCUGUGUGCUCAGUGUAGCUGUCCCACCAGCAUUCAGGAUUUGAGAGGUGCUAUAAGAACAAACACCAAAUAUUUGUAAGUGUUGUAAUUCCUGUAAGUUUGCUUAAGAGAUAUGGACCGAGAAGUCUUCGGCACCAACUGAUCAGAAUAACCCAAAGACAUCAGUCUCUUUAGUGAGAUGCUUUAUUGGUGUUACCCUUACAUCAGGAUUGAUUGCAGCAUUGCAACUGCUACUAUUAACUUUACAUAGCCUGUAAUUGAUAUGUUGACAAGACCUGUUUGCACUGAUCAAGGGCCACUUUGGGAACUGAUGUGUUAUGUUUGAAUGGAGCUUGAGACUGAAAGCCUGAUGCUGCUAACGAUGGCUCCGUUUGGGAGGGAAACUGGACUUGCUGCUGCAUGAAGAGAUUCUCAGAGAGCACUGUGUAGAUUAAUCAGUUCCUACUUUCUCUUUAGGGAUGAGAUAGUGCACUGUCCAUUCUUGACCUCCCAUCCUUGCCCUCCAGGAUCUGGGAGGAGGCUUGUUCUGAGCUCACAGUUCAGCACAUACCCUCUGAGACAGCCCUGAGGAACAGACAGGCAAGGCUAUGAUUUGAGCUCCUUCCAAUGCAUGCUAAAUAGAUUAUUAAAA